ACACACACACACACACUCUCUCUCUCUCUAUCUCUAUCUCUGUUCCUCCCUCAUUGCUUCUGUCCCUCCCUCUUUCUCUCUCUCUGUCGCUCCUCGGACAGCGCACAUAUUCGCUCCUAUUGCCUGUCUUAGAGCAAGACGGAAAACGACUGGGCUGUUCAAGGAUUGCACUGACUUGCUUGCAGGGUCCCGCGGAACAUCAAUGUUCCACACCUGGACGGUUGCUUGACAGGAUAAAGAGAAGUUACCAUGACGACUGAGACCGGUCCGGAGUCAGAAGUGGGCUUGCAUGACUCUGCUUCAGAUGGCAAGAUGGCCAAACAGGACCAGGACAGCAAACUUCACGACGACCAUCGAGACGAUGCCUCAGAGAGGACGACUCCUGGCAAGAUGGCCAAAUCCCCGCAGAAAUCUGGCAAGCGGUCCAAGACCGCUCCCUUCAAGGUGACUCUGUUGGACAGUUCGGAGUAUGAAGGUGCCAUCGAAAAGAACGCUCGUGGACAGGCUCUGCUGGACAUGAUGUGUGAACACUUAAACCUCCUGGAGAAGGACUACUUCGGCCUUAUCUUCAGUGACUCAGAUAGUCAGAAGAACUGGCUGGACCCCUCCAAAGAAAUCAAGAAGCAGAUGCGCACCUCCCCCUGGCAGUUUGCCUUUGCGGUUAAAUUCUACCCACCAGACCCUGCCCAGCUUAUUGAAGACAUCACCAGAUAUUACCUGUGUCUGCAGCUGAGGGAUGACAUCCUCUCUGGCCGGCUCCCCUGCUCCUUCGUCACACACGCGCUGCUGGGCUCCUACGCGGUGCAGGCGGAGCUGGGUGACUACGACCAUGACGAGCACAGCUCCGACUACGUCAGCGACUUCCGCUUCGCCCCCAACCAGACUCGAGAGCUGGAGGAGAGGGUGAUGGAGCUGCAUAGAAACUACAGCAGGGGGAUGACUCCUGCAGAGGCCGAGAUCAACUUCCUGGAGAACGCCAAGAAGCUGUCCAUGUAUGGAGUGGACCUCCACCACGCCAAGGACUCCGAGGGGAUUGACAUCAUGCUUGGCGUGUGUGCCAACGGCCUGCUGAUAUACCGGGACCGGCUCCGUAUCAAUCGAUUCGCCUGGCCAAAGAUCCUCAAGAUCUCCUACAAGAGGAGCAACUUUUACAUAAAGAUCCGACCAGGCGAGUAUGAGCAGUUUGAGAGCACCAUCGGCUUCAAGCUGCCCAACCACAGGGCCGCCAAGAAGCUCUGGAAGGUUUGCAUAGAGCAUCACACCUUCUUCAGGUUAGUGUCCCCAGAGCCGCCACCCAAAGGCUUCCUGGUCAUGGGCUCAAAGUUCCGGUACAGCGGACGGACGCAAGCCCAGACGAGGCAGGCCGGCGCCCUGAUCGACCGCCCCGCACCUCACUUUGAGCGCUCCACCAGCAAGAGGUACCUGCUCUCCCGGAGCCUGGAUGGAGAGUUCUCCCGGCCUGUGUCUGGUCUGAGUCACGACCAGGACGGCAUGUCGCAUCGCAGCGUCAGCGAGCUCCCGCGCUCGCCCUCCGGAGACGACCUGGACCACAGGACCGAGCUGAGUACGGACCAGGAGCUGGACACCGAGUACGAGCAGGACCUGGUCCUGGACCCGCUGGACCAGGACCCUGACAGCGUCACCACGCCAACCAAGAGGAAGGAGAUUAAGGAGGAUGACGAAGCAACUCUAGAGGCUCAACAGGAGCAGGAGCUGGAGUCUACUCCACGCCACCAUCAGGAGUUCAUGGAUAAGUCGGAAGAUUUUCUCCUGAAGCACCAGGCCAGCAUCAAUGAGCUGAAGCGAGCUCUGAAGGAGCCUAACAGCAAGCUGACGACCCGGGAGAAGCGGCUGUCAGGGGGCUCCCCAGGAGGCACGCCCGAGAAGAAGGCUGAUGUGGGGUGUGCGGGGGGCAUGGAUGCCAGUAACGUCACAUCUCUGGAGGGCUUCACGCAGAAGACCCUGGUGACUUCUCCUGAGGGCUCUGAGGAAUGGGUAUUGAUUGAAAAGCAGGAUGAUUGCCAGCCAGACAAUUACCAAAAGGUGGACAGCAAGGAUAAGCCUAAUAGAAGUUCACUUUCUGAAGCCUCGGAUCCCGGCUUGGAGAGAAAGAAAGAGUCCGAAAAAGAGAUCACCAAAAUGAUACAUAUCGAAGUAACUGGGGAGGAUGGUGAGGAGAUGCAAGUCCAGAUGGAUUGUUUCCCAUCCCCAAAGCUGCCGCCAAGAGACGAGAGCAAAGAGUCGAGCAAAGAGUCAAGCCUGAAGAACAACAACAACUGCAUCAUGGCGGAGUUGUCUGCCAAAAUCAAAGGUGAGUCGAAGGAAGAGGAAUCACAGAGCGAAGCUCCACCGGAGGCGGACAACUGGCCCAGAAAUGAGAAAUCCCCUGUCCCGGCUCAAGCAGCCGAGCAUCAGUCACACCAGGUCUGCAGGGAGAAGAGACCUCUCAGUCUGAACUUAGGCAUGUCGACCGAGUUUGUGUACGAGAAAGAGACGGAUAGUCCAAGUGGCAAAGACGAGAGCGAAGUGUCCGACGAGGAAAACGCAUCAGUGGGUGAGGAAGAUGAUCAGGCCGACCUCCACGAGAGCCCAUUUAGGAUACAGAUGAAAAGGGAGCCUGUGGCUAUGAAGAUGAACAUUAGUAUGAAUGAUGAGGACACAUCAGUGACUGCUCCCGCUUCACAGGUCCAAAACAAAAACAGGGUAACAGAUGAAUGCAAGAGCAACAUUACUCGGGGAAGUCUCAUGUUUGAUGAGUCGAAGAAACAGGGAGAGAAUCUGACAAAAACAAAGAGAGGGGAAGACACAACUUGCGUAGAUUCGGUCAAAGGAGCGGCGGAUGUUGGAGGACGAAUGGAGAUCGUCUCGCAGAAGGAAGUCACAAAAAUGAUCAUGAUUGACAGCGAGGACAACGUAGGGCACAAUGCGAACAAACUGACGAACGACUGGACGGUGAACAUUUCACGGAGAGACAGGCCCAGGUCGUACAUGUUUGAAGAGGUUCAGUCCGACAAAGCCCAGAAGAGGAAAUCUACAGGCUCCGCUCAUGUCGAAAUCACACGGAUCGUUCCACUGAAACCCGAGAGGUCCAAGAGUUCCUCUUACCGAGACGAGGUAGACAACAGCUUCAAAGCGGAUGAAGAGUGCAAACGACUCAGCAGUAGCUUUAAAAGAGAGUUCAUUCCAGUGAACGAACUACCAGAACAAUCCACCGACAUCAAUAGGAACGACAUCUGGCCUUCCAGUUUUGCAGAGAGGCCCUCUGCUUCCAGCCCCGUUCUGACCAAUCCAUAUCCAGUAGGGUCACCUAAGUCCCCGACCAUGAUGGGUCACUCCGUCUUUCAGAGCUGGGAGGAGCAGUUCCAACCAAAGGAGAGAACUUUUGGGGACGACCUUGCAACAAGACUGCACGGGACGGGCGGCUCGAGGGACGACCCGUUUCAGUUUGACCAAGGUGCUGCUGGGGCCCCACCUUUCAGCCCAAGGGCCGCUGGAUACAACAAGAAUGCUCCUCCGACCCCCCCGGUCAAAACGAAGAAGGCCCGGGAGUCUGGGCUCAUUCUCCGCAACAGCCGCAACCCCGGCAAGGACCCUGGAGUAGACGGAGCAGCCGAGAGGAGACAUGCGGAGCCUCUGUCUACCCCUGCGAUCAAUGAAGAACAGCUAGCUGAGGCUAAGAGGGAACCCUGGGAUAGGCGACCGAUCUCGGCCUCCGACCUGGAGGAGCAGGAGCGUGACCGCGAGCAUGAGCGCGAGUCGGUCUUCAUGAAGGACGCGCUCCUAGGCAUCGAGCGGAAGUGCUCCAGCAUGACGGUCAGCUCCACGUCCAGCCUGGAGGCGGAGGUGGACUUCACCGUCAUCACCGACCUCCACCCGGGCACGGAGGAGUUCUCGCGGGGCUUGAGUGAGCUGGCUGAGAGGGGCGGAGGAGGAGAGGGGCAGCCGGAGGUGGGCUGUGAUGACUUUGAGGAAACGUCUCAUUUCUACUCUGCCCGCCUGAUGGGGCAGGAUAAGCCCCCUGUAGAACAGCGCCCCCUAGAGGAGAGAGGACACCACGAGGUAGACGCUCCUCCUGUGGCAAGGAAAGACCCUAAUGCUGUGAGCAUCGCCCACUCGCUGCGGAGGGCUGAGGUCAAAGAGGAGCCCCAUUCCAAUGGUGCAGAAGUGCCCCCCACCAUCAUAGACAUCUCAGAACAGCAAACACAAGGUGAAGUCAACUGCAUGGAGACAAAGUUCUCCAGCACUGACGACACUCAACCACAAGAGGGCGACAUGAGCCAGGAGGAUCACGGAGACAAGGAGGCUCCUCCACCUAGCAGAGAGAAUGGGUCUCCAGUAAAAGCAGGCUCUCUAGGGAGAGACUCCGCAGUGUCCCCUCUCACUGUCACCACGGAAAAUGUUACCUCAGCAACCACCACCCAAGUAACCAAGACAGUGAAAGGGGGUUACUCAGAGACCAGGAUUGAGAAAAGGAUAAUAAUCACAGGAGAUGAUGACGUUGACCAAGAUCAGGCACUCGCCAUGGCGAUCCAGGAAGCCAAGCAGCAGCACCCUGAUAUGCUGGUGACAAAGGCGGUGGUUGUUAGGGAAACAGAAUCUUCAGAGGAGAAACACAGGACGCCGGAGUCCUGAUGACCUGAAUCAGCUCCAAGGAUCAGGGACGGGACACAAACCCUUCAGGGUCCUCGCCACCACCGCAUCACAACCUCCAGACGAUUAAUCACAAUACAACGCACCAACAAUACCCACCAAACCACAGGGCCUGCAUCCAGAAAAGACCUCACCCCACCUUCUCCCUCCCUCUACUCGUCCUCAGCCUGGCGCAGUCUCCGUGCUAUUGUUCCUCCAGCCAGGAGCGAAUAGGAAAGACUCUCCGACCAAUCAUGUUCCUGCAGCCAAGCACUCCAAGCACUCCAUCAUGCAGCCUCCAUUCAUCCCGUCACUUCACAUCACGUCACAUCCAUGUCCUCUCGGCAUCUGAAAUGUAUCUGAAAGUGUUCACUGUCUCUCAAUGAGUUUGCCCAUUGUUUAUAUAGAUUUGGAUAGAAUACUGCUUGCUGAAUACUGAAUACUGCACUAUUAUUAGGGAGGGGUGGCUGGUUGUGGAAUCCAAGACAAUUCCAUAGAGCAAUUGCAAUUGCAUUCCAAUAAGAACAGGUUCAUGUACUCUACAUACAGUCUGUCUUCAUCUCCAAGUGUUGUCCUAUGUGUGUCAGUAUGCCAUUAUACACAGCUUUAGCACUGGAUUGUCCUGUUGAGUCUCACAGUCAGCAAACUGCUACACACACACACACAACGACACACACACACACACUCACAAAUACAUCACUCUUCUGAAACAGAUGGAGGUUACAAUCAUUAUCCCAAAAAAAUAAUUAUAAUGCUGAUGAGGACUGAGCAAUUUGUAAAUAUCUUACUUUCUCCUGAAAGUAGUUACAGAGAUAAUCAUCCAUCACGCUGUCCUGACAGUCUUGUUUGAGGAGUGUGCUGGAGGUGUACAGUCGACCCCCAUUCAGGAGGGUCUCUAGAUCGUUGGCCAGCCUGUAAAUGCCUGUGAACCAGUGAGACACUGUAUUCUACUGCUGUCUUUUUAGCUUUUUAAAGAUUUUUUUAAACUAUAGACUGUCCAGUGCAAUAUUUGGUUGUAAAUGACAAACAUGUAUCAAUUAUACGGUCACUUCCACACAUGCAUGAGUCAAAAAAAUGUUAAAAUAGCCAAGGAGAGUGAGAGGAGGGGGGGGGGGGGAUAAGAGACAGUCUUGUCAUCUCUAAAGGUCCAUGACACUUGCCCCAGCGAGGCAAGAUAUGCUGUAAAACACUCUCUCAGAAAAACAAGUUUAGAUUGUGCAUGUCACAGCUGUAAAGCGAACAGAAGAAAGAGUUUCAUACAAAGACAUGACGGCCAGAUUACGCAGGCACUUCUACUGUAUGUUAUUGGACACUCCUCGCUUUGUUUGGCAUAUAGAAUGGUCUAGGAGGGUUUGGGGGCAGUUGCCAGGAAGAUUACGUAGAUGCAGACACUGUCAUUUUUGCUUUUGAAGAAAAGCUAAUGAAAGGGAAAAAAAAAAGGAUAUUAAGAUCUCUCUCUAUCAUAUUGUUUGCUCAAUUUGCAUUUGAAUAGUUUAUUCGCAAAGACAGGUAUCUCCAUUUUUGGGAAUUUUCAUAAAGAAUAUGUUUGAGGUUAUGUUUGAGGUUGUGCAUUCCAGAUGAAUGAGAACCUGGAAUACACAAUACAAAAAUUUGAUAUAUGAAAAUGCAUAAAAAUGGAGAUACCUGUUUUUUGCAAAUAAACUCUUCAUUUAAUCGUUCAUGUUGCCAUUAGUUGAGCAGACAGACAGACUGCUAUAUAGUGUAGGAAAUUCUCCCAGCCAACAAACACAUGGUCUUACAAUAAAUGUUUUAUCUAAUAAUACUAUUUAAAUGUGAGUUUUUUUAUUUUCUAUUUUGAAAAUUUAAGUUGUUUUUAAGUUAUGGUGUAUGAAUUUGAUAUUGUAUUUAUACGAAUGGUGAAUGUGAGGCGUCUUCUCCCCUAGCAUAAAACUCGAAGCACCUGUUAUUUCACUCUUUCUAUGGGCGGCAAAGGCCUGGAUUCAUAGUGGCACAUGAGCAUUUCAGCACUAUAAUCUUGCCACAACAGCCAGGUGAAGAAGUCCGUAGAUAGAAAUAUUAGCUGACAGAGGCUUUGUGUUCAUCCCUGUCUGGUCAAAUCUAUACACGGGUAAAAACAAAUUCUUUGCCUUUCGGAAAAUGAAGCGUAAUCAAUGUUGGAUGAAAAAGAAUGAAAACAACUGCUGGAAAAUACCCCCUGUUAUACACUAUGCAUUCAUCCCAGUGUAACAAAAGAAAAAUACUUUGAUCAGACGGCAGAAGAUGAAAGAUAACAAAGAAAGAUACCCACAAUAUGCCUCUAAAUAUGCCUUCCUUUGAAAUACUGUGAUUCAUACUGCUGACGAUAUUUGCAAUAAUUAUCUCUCAUUACCAUCUUGCUAAGUAAGAACCAUAGCAAUGAUUUCAGUUUAAAAGAUGAAACUGUGAACAAAAAGGUUUGGGGAAAAAAAAAAAAAAAAUGCUUCACUGGAAGUGGUCUAAAUUGGUUGAGUGGAAAGAAAUGUAUGCAUGCGUUAAUCUCCGUAAUCACAGAUUUACUUAAAUUUCAGCCCAACAUAUGCUGUGUAAAAAGCGGGACGGCUUCAUGGCUCUAGUUUACCUACUGUUCAGUGCUGUCUCUGUGAACUAGUCUACUAACCCGCCAUGCUUAUUUGAGUUUGAUGUUUUUAAUGUUUGCCUUUUCUUUUCUUUUUUAUCUUUUCCAAUGACACUGGAGUCCUUCAUUGCCUUCUCAUUGAUUUGUGGGCAAUGGGGUUUUUCUCUUAGCGGUGACACUGCCAGGAAUCUCUUUGGAUUCUCUGUGGUGUCGCAUUAUUGGAUAAUCCCUCUUUAACUUGUGAAAAAAAAAUAUGUUUACCUGCUAUAAACUUGGGGAAGGAGUUUUCUGUUUGUACUUCUGGUGGUGUGUUGAUGGGAGGACUGGCUAAAACAUGUUUGGCUUAAAUCUCUAUCCAGAUAUUUAUUGAAUUUACAUUACCUAAUAUAUUACUUUUUUUUUUAAAAUUGUGAUGGCAGAUGUCUUGCCAUGGAGAUUAUGCGAUUUCCUACGAGAGACAGCACAGGCUCUAAAUGUAACGCACUGUAACUACACAACUGUGAGUGGCAUAGCAUUGUCAUAGCAACAUUGGGUGCCUUACCAUUUCAAGAGUAACUGCCGCUGGAAUGGAAUGAGAUAUUCCAAUGAGAUAUUUAUUAUUACAUCCUGACCUUGUUAUGGCUGGUCUUCGAGACUCCCAAAUGUCACGCAAUGGUAAGGCAAAGUGCCUUCAUUUCAGUGGGUCUGAGAAUUAGCUGACAUUCAUUGUUUAAGUGACAGUCCUACGGCGCAAAAGCACCCCCAGACAGUAGGCUGCUGUCUCUCUCCCUCUUCUCUGACCUGACAAGUGCUGGUGCAUUAACUGAUAGAGAGCAGAUUGUGAAGGCUUGUGCUUGGUGCAUGGCAUGAGGUAUUGAAAACUCUUCAAUUCUUUAGUGCUCCUCCCUUCAAUUCACCCUUGCCAAUCCACUGGCUUUACAGCGCCCCCUAGUGCUUGAUGGUGUGUUCUUGCUGUAUUUGCAUUCAAUCUAAAUGGAAUACAUGCAUACAUUAAUAAAUGUCUCAGUUAAAAAUG